CAGGCGCCUUCGCUUGAAGACUACAUAUUGGAGGUACUAUUGAAUGAGCAGGUCGUCGACAUACUUCCGCACAUUCCGCAUGAGGACUUGACGUUGCCGAAGGUGCUGGAGUACUUUUCCAGCUGCAGCGUUCAGGAGCAUGACCAAGAGGCCCUCUGUGCUCUUAAGGAACCUUCACCAAAGCUCGAACUUAAGCCUACUUAA